CUCGUAGACGCCAACAUCUGGAAUCUCAACUUUGACUUUCCUCCUCAACUCGGUCCGAGCUGUAAUCGUAGAUCCUGCGGCCACAAUCUCUCCCCCGGAUGGCGCCGACCAUUACAUCUUUCACGAUCCAGCCCUCUCUCCCGUCAAACCCAAAGCCUCCCUUGGCCUGCAGGAUGACAUUAAGCCUUAGCCGCAGCCGCAGCCCAGCCCAGCCCAGCCCAACCCACGAUCAUCAUAAUUUCCUCAUCCACGCUGUACGACUCAUGGCAUGUAAGCCAACCCGCCUGCGGAUCUUGUUCUCGGCCACAUCGCACAGAUGUUGUCAGACCAGAAACAGUGUAGUGAACCUGGGCUUACGGACCGAAACUCUAUCAUCGCUCGAUAGUUUCCAAGGCGAGAGGGGAACGUGUCACGUUUCCCCAUAGCCCGCGAGUCAAGCCAUUGAUCGUCAUAGCCCUCUAAUUACUAACUUAACUUCUAUGAGGCUAUGCUGGGGAUUUGCAAAAGCUGAAAAAAAAAAAAAACACAACAAAGCCUGUGGCUGAAGGUUGUACAUGUGAGCUGUAUCAUGUCAUUGUUACAUGGGCGUCCGGACCAUGUCAGCCGUGUUUCACGCGAUAUUCUUGGUAGAGUUCGACGGUUCGUGUUGGUUAUGCGCGUUGUAACCCUUCUGCAUUGAAGAGACAGCGGCUGGAGGGUUUCGAUGUGAGCCACUGAACUCUCGUGAGAAGUGAAACGAAGUUAGAAUAUCCCCUUAAUUUGGUGUUUUGCCAUUGGAGUGGUUGCGGGGGAGGGCAUGUUUGUCAGUGGCGGUUGAGUUAAGCCCCCAGGGCGCGGGAAUAGCUAGGGAAUUAGAACAGUGUAACGGAGGUUGAUGAAAGACAUCUGCGGUUGGGAGGGAAGUAUGCUUCCGAGUGACAUUCUUCGAGCGUUCCGACAGCACGAGCUGGGAAAUGCCGGUUGCUUUGUCUUGACGGACACACCGAAUAGAUCAUACGUUCCGUCGAGUCUAUGUUCGUCCAUUUGGCCGAGUGAAUCUUGGCUUCCUGAAGGAGUAUACACUGAGGCGUUGGGGAGGUGUGAGGCUAUUCCCAGACAUUCAGCUCAUGGAAGAAGCCGUGGUACGACAUAAACCCAAGACUUGCAUAGCCUCAAUCAUUGCCAUGUACGCCAAAUCUCAAUUGUAUGUAGUUUGAAAGGUCUUUUGGAGAAUUGAGAUCCUGUAUCUUCCUAUCUUCCUUUGAGGGGAGGCAAGACAACUGAGGAUGGCUAUCCUAGGUAACAGAAAGAAUUAGGUGAAUUUAGUCUAGAAUUUAUUAUAGCUUUAGACUAGUUAUUAUUGGUACUUAGGUGUAAGGUCAGAAGUUUUGUUGCUGGAGAACCCUCCAUCGUGUAUGCUGAGCUGUUCCCCUGAAUGAGGCGACCACCACGUAACUCCUCGAUAAGAGUUGGCCUGCAAGGUGCACCCAGAAUACAGAUCAAUUCGAAGGUUCUAGUACUCGAGAAGAUAGAAACUAAGGUUAUCAUGUAGGUUUUAAUUCUCUCCCGAAACAAUGUCAGAGUGUUAUACGCCCAUGAGGGUCCGAGACACUUUGAUCAGGAGUGUACACAAUCGUUCUUAGCAACUCAAUAAACAAGAAAAGAGUCUCAAAUAAGACUAUGCUUCUUGAAACAUAAUGAAUUCA